GCACAGAAUCUGAACCCCCUCCCUCCCUCCCUCUCCCUCUCCUUCUCCCUCUCUCUCUCUCCCUCUCUCCCCCUCUCCCUCUCUCCUUCCCUCCUCUUUCAACAUGGACUUUGAAAAGCAAGAAAAAGGAAGCUUAUUAAGCAAGAAUUUAGAGGAGAGACUGACGGUCUCUUCUGGUGACUCUGAAGCCAAACCUCUGAUCUUCAGCUUUGUGCCUACUGUCAGAAGACUUCCAACCCACAUCCAGCUGGCUGACACUUCCAAAUAUCUUGUUAAAAUUCCUGAGGAACCAGGAGACAAGAGUCCAGAAACCAUAAAUAGGUCUAAAUCCAUUGACUACGUGACCUUUAACCUUGGGAGUGGACAAGAGGGAAUCCAAGGGUCACCACUGACCUGUCCAUCAGAGGACUUUGAAACGAAUUCUCAAGGAGGAGGAUUUAAAGCUAACGACCUUCAAAGAAUGCAGCAGGGUGACCUCUUCAAGGCUGAGUAUGUCUUUAUCGUGGACUCUGAAGGGGAAGAUGAAGUCACCAGCAGAAAAGGUGAACAAGGUGCCUCAGGGAGCACAAGCAACACAGUGGCCCGGCCCACGACUCUUGCUAUCUCCUCCAGUCUGGUCUCAGAUGUGGUGCCACCCAAAGUCUGGGGGCCUGAGCCCAAGGCUGUGUCACAGGCUGGAACCCCUCAGGAGAUGGCCUCCAAGCAGAAGCAGGAACAGCAAUACAAGACCAAGUCCAGCUACAAGGUUUUUGCAGCAAUCCCUACAAACACAUUGCUUUUGGAACAGAAGGCACUAGACGAACCAGCCCAGGCUGAAAGUGUGUCCCGGGACAGCUCCGUAGACCUACCCCUGGAGUUCUGUUUCCCUGCACAGCUCAGGCAGCAAACUGAAGAGCUCUGUGCUGCCAUUGAUAAGGUCUUACAGGAAUCCUUGUCUAUGCAUUCUUCUGAUUCUCCUUCAAGGUCUCCACAGCAGACAUUGCUGGGUUCUGAAACAAUCAAAACUUCUACAACUCUUCCAAGAUCAGCUGGUCGAGAAACCAAAUACGCGAAUCUCUCAUUACCAUCCUCUACAGCAUCCGAGAGUCAGCUGACUAAGCCUGGAGUAAUUCGCCCGGUACCUAUAAAAUCCAGAAUAUUACUGAAAAAAGAGGAAGAAGUCUAUGAACCCAACCCUUUCAGUAAAUACCUGGAUGAUAACAGUGGUUUCUUCUCUGAACAGGAUGUGACAGUCCCUCCCAAGCCUGUUUCGCUCCAUCCUUUAUAUCAGACUAAACUCUACCCUCCUGCUAAGUCUCUGCUGCAUCCUCCGACCCGGUCCUAUGCUGACUGUCUUAGCCCAGGACCCUUCAGUCAUUUGUCCUCCUUCUCACUGCAUGAUGAGCAGAACUCUCAUGCGCUCCUUAGUCACAACACAUACAACAAGCUGAGUCAUCCAAUGGUGGCUAUUCCUGAACAUGAAACUCUUGAUUCCAAAGAGCAGUGAAGUUGGAGAAGAUGUGAAAGCUGGCGGCCGAAGUGUUUUUGGAAUGCUGGUGCUAACCACUUGGUAGAUUUAACUUUUAGUUUUUUGCAGAAUGAGUGCAUCUUUUAUGAACUGUAGUGAAGCAGAGGAACUAAGAAAAGUUUCCUCCAGGCACAAAGCAUCACAGUACUCCACUAAACCCAGCACAGGAAAAAUUUACCUACAGCUUCUCGCACCGCUGGUCAAGCCUUUAAUGCCUUUGAUUAAACUGACAGCAAUACUAACCUGCCCCUGUCUUCAGCAGCCAAAUAAAGAAGAACCAUUGGUAAAUACAGGAAUGGCUGUGACUGUUUUUCAAUACUGGUUUAUUUAAUGCAUACAUUACUAAGAGAAUCAGGCUUUAUUCUGCUAGCUUUGCUUUUUACAUUCUAGAAAA